AUGACGCGACAAAGAGUCUCUCGCUGGUCGACACAUUGGAUUAUGGCAAACGGUGCCGUGCCAAAUUCGACACCGCCUGACGGAGAGAAUUUCGAGAACGCGACGGUCGUUGCGCACGAUAGACCAGAAGUGGAAAUUCUUGAAGAGCCGACGAACAGUCCACUGGAGGAAGGAGAGAUCGAGGAUGUUAGUGAAGACGACAGACCCACCAACUCAAUUCAAGUGAUCGACGGUGAGGACAAUAUCGACAAGAUUAUCAAGGAGGCAUAUCAAGAUCUGCCAAAGGUUUCUACCAAAGUCAUCUCUACUGUUGCCGAAAGCCGGUUGGAAAGCCAGCACAACGGGCUGUUGAAGGAGCUGAAGCGAAAGGACGAGUAUCACCGACACCGAUUUCCAAAAAAAUUUGAAUCUACAUCUCACAGAAGUCAAUCACGUGACACUUACAGACGGGCUAGGCCCAGUGCCGACUCAAGAUUUGACCGAUCGUCGAACUCAACUUCGAGGCACGAUGGCCAGAUGGCAAAGAAUUACAGACAAGAACUUUCAAAUGAAGCAAUUUCGGGACGUUACUCAAGAGCCAGUGAUCGAGCUGCGAACAGAGACAUCGAUGAACGCUUCGUGCUCUCACCACCACCCCCUGCUCCAUUAUUGCUACAAAUGAUUCCGAUGCCACAAACUAUUCAGCAACAAAACUGCAACAAGCCGAUGAAACAGCCACUUCUGCCAACGCCAAAGCCUCUGGACAUAACGAUGCCGGGCAAUCCGCAAAGCUCCUAUACAUCAGGCGCAAAUCCAAUUCCACCACCUCAGCCAAGGCCAUCCCCUCAACUCUACCCAGUAUAUCAAUCGCUUUACGGGAUGCCCCCAUAUCCGCUUCAGUCGUAUCCCAUGCAAUCGACUAGCCAAGUCUCACCGUACGAAUAUUUCCCCCACAACUUGCCUCCACCAACAUUGAAGCAACCACAACUUUCGCGAACUGAUGCCCAGUCUAGCUGGUCGCUCGAAGUGGAAAAUUUCUUGAGCAAGAAACCGGCAAUUCAAUCUACUGACAAUUACGAGGAGGUUGGAAUGGACUUGGCUUCUCCGGUGUCGGCUGUUAAUGUUGAAGAGGCGGAAGUUGUCGACGGACAAAGCGAUCAACGAACAAAGCAACUCGAUGAAGACGAUGAUCUCGAGAAGUUGAGAAAGGCUCUACUUGAACAGCAACAGAAGACCAAGACUUCUCGUCGGCAGGUUGUGCUAUCACGAGACUGUUCACCGAUUUCAUCGAGGGAAAGAAAAGACCGAUCGGCAGACAAAUUUUCACGUAAGAGCCGAUCAUCAACAUCGAGGCAACUGAAGGAGCUAAAGAAAGAAUUGGCCGAUGUCAGGGAAUCUAUUGAUGACAGCGAGAAGAAGAUGGAUGAGUACUCGCAUCGUUACGAGAACUUGAAGAAGGAAUUGCAACGAACGCUCACUGCCAUUCGAACGGAACAGAAGAAUUUGCAAGAACACCUCGAACACCAAAUGGAAUUGGCACUAAAGUACGAGAUGAUGGAAAUUAACUUAAAGCAAAGCGAAUUGACGAAGAAGCGACGAGACAAGAGCCUGGAGCAAGAUUGUGCUAACGAGCUGGCCGUUACAAACGACAUCAUCCGUCGAUGCCGAAACGUCGAUGAAAAGCUAAGAACAAAGGAGAACAAUCUGGCGCUUCUCACUGUAACCCGUCAACCAUCACCACCAAUUGAAGAAAACGGAAAUGAAGGUCUAGUUCCGGAGAAAGAGGUCGACGUGAUGAAGACAUCGAGAAAGCGCUUAAAUGUGGAGAAAGAGGCACCAGUGAAGCCAAAGAUGACGAGAAACGAGCCGGCAGUUGUUGCGCCGAAACCAAUGGUCAUCACGACGAUUUCGAGUUCUUCAGCUGAAACGACUCUAGAGGAAAAUCGCGCUAAUGAGCGACCAAUGCUCCAACUGCCUCAAAUUUCGACCGCAAAAGCUUUAACAACUGCUUUAAAGACGACUGUGCGAAAGGAAAACCCGCGAUCGUUCCCCCACAAAUCGGCUCAUCUUUAUGCGGCUGCUAAUUCCUAUUUUCCCCCAACGCUCCCGGAGCCCGGCUACAUUGCUAGAGCCGAACGCUAUAAAUGGACUGAAGUGCGUACUGCAGGCGCAUAUGGAAUUGGACUUCGCGUUCCCCCAGGCACAAAGCAAAUGCCAAAGCAAACCAGCAAUGAACCCUUUGUGGAUGCUCAAUCCGUGGAAAAAGUGGUUACUCCUGUGCAACAGAAAACGACGAUUGAACACGUGCAAGUGGUUGUCAAUCAGGAAACUGAGGAUCGUCCACGUCCACAAACGUCGAAUGAGGAAAACGAUGGUGAUGCUAUCGAGCUCUCGUCAAACUCGGAACAACAAAAUACGGAAGAAUCUGAACAUCAAAUGGACGAAAAUGAGGCGCUUGACGAAGAUGCUCUACGACAAAAGCUGCUUGCAAGAAUCAAAGAGGGGAAAAUGAUCGUUGAACCGGAUCGAAGUGCACCACUUAUCACAAGUGUAGCCAUUGACGAUGAAUGGGAGCCAGAGGGUGCUCCACAAGUCGUUUACGAACCGAGAUCGCCCAGCUAUAAUAUGGAUGAUGAGUCACCUAUGGAAAAUCCACUGGUGGUGAAGCCGAUGCAACAAGAAGGAUUAGUCAACGAGCCGGUGUCUCGAAACGACGACUAUCGAUCACAAUCACCAGAUUAUGUGCCGGAGGGCUAUGUCUACGAGCCCAUAUCUCCGAAUUACGGCAUCGAUCAUACAGAAAAUGAAAUCACAAGUCAUCCGUUGAACAACAUCGAUGAGAGAUCGGAGUCUUCUAGAUUUGAAAAUGAUUCCAUCAGCCAGAUGCAAAACGGUGACAAAGCUGCUGCUAACCGUGGUCAUGUUGAGCCAAAUGCUACGCUUAAAAGGAAAACCAACUUGCGACGACGCUCACGAGGCGUUGAAAACGAGCCGGUUGAAGUGCCAUCGACGUCUGUUAACACGCCAAAUCAACUUCUCAACGCCAAUGUGCCACUCUGUAGUAGUGAGCUACUCUACGGUCAAUGCAUAGAGACAAACUGCAGAAUGCAGCACUUUGACAACCCAGCUUUCGCCCACAGAGAACCCGAGCCGCCCAACGAACCCAAAGAGAAGCCUAAAAAGAAAGUACCUCGGGUUUAUCACGGCGAGGAUGCGAUGGUGGCCGAGUUUGUGCGUGGAGUGUUUGCUGGGAUGCCAAAAGUGUAUCCAGUUGGCUACAUAGAAGCCGGCAUCACUGCCAUGAACAAGAGGUGGAAAGCUGAGAAGGUCCGUGGCAACACAUUUGAAGAGUUCAAACCAAUUAUUACGAAGCUGAUCGAUCAAAUUACAAAGAAACAACAAAAGGAUGACUCCGCACAAAAAGAGCCAACUGCCGAGAAGCGCACGGUUUUGAAUAAGGAUCCGAAAUUGGGAGUGCCCGAUUACGUAAGCCGUUUCAACUUC